ACUCUCCCAUGAGCUUUCGCUCACACUCUCUAGCACACACACACCAUAUCCCCCUCCCCUCUCAUUGUACUUCGCUUUCCUUUGCCCACUCUCUUUCUACAACAAACAUGGCCGCUAAAUCGGAUGGAGCAGCCGUGUGUGAGAGCGCUUCACGGUGUCUGCUUGGCCCUGAGCAGAGCGCGGCUCCUCUGCACCCUCACGCCGAGAAGCGCUUCUCGCUGCUGGACUGCUGCUGGGUGCUGUGCGCCCUCCUGGUCUUCUUCUCCGACGGAGCCACCGACCUGUGGCUGGCAGCGGACUACUACUUGAGGCGGGAGUAUUGGUGGUUCGGGCUCACGUUAGUGUUUGUGGUGGUUCCCUCCGCGGUGGUUCAGGUGUUAAGUUUCAGGUGGUUCGUGUACGAUUACUCGGAGAUGAGCGCGUCCCCGACUGGGGACGGAUGCGAUUUCAGCACCAAGGACAGCGACCGGCGGAUAUCCCUGCCUGCGAACGGCACGCGGAAAUGCUGCAGAGUGUGCAUGUGGCUCUUCCAGUCCGUCAUUCACAUCUUGCAGAUCGGACAGGUCUGGAGGUACGUCCACACCUUGUACCUGGGAGUGCAAAGUCGUUGGCAUAGCGACCCGGGUCAGCGUCAUUUCUACUGGCGUCUGAUGUUCGAGAGCGCUGACAUCAACAUGCUUCGGCUGCUGGAGGCUUUCCUGAAGAGCGCACCUCAGCUCGUGCUACAGCUCAGCAUCAUGAUCCACAGCAACCACAUACUGCCCCUACAGGGUCUCUCUGCAUCUGCCUCAUUGGUUUCACUCGCCUGGAUGAUCGCUUCCUACCAGAAGGUUCUGCGCGACUCUCGUGAUGAUAAACUCCCCAUGUCCUACAAGGCUGUGAUUGUUCAGAUGCUCUGGCAUCUCUUCACCAUCGGUGCUCGAACCAUCGCCUUCGCCCUCUUCGCAUCAGUCUUCCAGCUCUACUUCGGGAUCUUCAUCGUGGCCCACUGGUGCGCCAUGACCUUCUGGAUCAUCCAGGGCGAGACCGACUUCUGCAUGUCAAAGUGGGAGGAGAUCAUCUACAACAUGGUGGUGGGCAUCAUCUACAUCUUUUGCUGGUUCAAUGUGAAGGAAGGCCGUGCCCGCUUUCGGCUGGGUGUGUAUUGCUGCGUGACCUUAGUUGAGAAUGUCGCACUCACCACCGCUUGGUAUAUUCACAGGGGACCUCGCACUUUGGACUUCUACGCCCUGAUCGUCGUAUGUGUGGUUGUGUGUAGCUACGCUUUGGGAACGUUCUUUAUGUUCGUCUAUUAUUGUCUGCUCCACCCGGACGGACCCAUCCUGGGCGCUCAGUGGAGCUGUGUGGAGGAGGGAAUGGGGGUAAUCGGCCUGGGAGGCGUUGGGGAUUUGGGGACACCCUUGCCCCAACCGGACGUGGUUACUAGCCCUCCCAGAACACUCCAGAGGACUAAUGGUGGGGAUCGGGAGAUUGGGGCCGGGGAUAGAGACAGUUGCCUCCCUGUGUUUCAGGUAAGGCCUCCUAGUGUUCCCCCAGCUUCUUCCCCACGUCCAUCAAGAACUGAAGGUCCCGUUAUCCGCAUCGACCUCCCAAGAAAAAGGUACCCGGCCUGGGACGCCCACUUUAUCGACCGUAGGCUGAGGAAGACCAUCCUGGUGCUAGAGAAUACGUCUCCUGUGACGCCCCGAAUCCAGUACCAGAGCUUCAGCAACCCCAAAGAAGUGAUGGAGUACGAGACUACGGUAUAGUGUUGUUCAUACCUCCACCUUCCAUAUGGCAUUUCUAUGCAGAGGUGGGACUCAGGAGGCAGAUACCACCAUGAGGUUACGGUCCGAUCUUUUAUGGUCGGCAUGGUGCUACACGGUGGGACCUCAGCAUGUUUGGCAUCCGGAUGCCUGGGAACGCUUGACUGGUCCGAGAGUGCACAUCAGGCUGGAUAGGAAUAACGUGGUGUUUACAUGACCUGCAUGGGAAGUGAAUCUAGGAAAGGGACUUAACUUUCUGCCUAUGCACUGAACAUUAGAAAAGAGUUUAACUGACAGUGAUGAGAAAAAGUGGACAUAUGUAAAAUAUAGAUAAACUGACCAAUCAGUAUUUCGCAGGUCCAUCCUGAGUGACUGUUUUGGUCUAAGUUUAAUGUUUCAGUGACCUGAAAACAGUACAAAAUGUGUAUUAUUGCUUCUGUGAAUGGUGAGGUUAGCGAGUUCAAUCAAUCAUCCAUUUCCUCAAAAAAGUUCUUCUGUAAUUAUUGACUUAUUUAUUUAUUAGAUUUAUUUUUAAUGACUCUGUGGCCAUGUCUUUGAUAUAAUUCUUCUUAUUGAAUAUUCAUAAAUAUAUAUUAUCUUUUGUUAUAUGUAUACAAUAGAAUGGUGCCAGUGUGUUGGUAUGAAUGUUUUAUUUUAUUUUGGGGGGGGGGGAUUCUGUAUGUUUGACUGGUCAUGCUGCAUUGUUUAUCUGUAAAGAUGAAGAAAAUAUGUCAUAUAGUAAGACAAAAAGUUGUGAUCAAAUUGUAGUUGGAUAAAAAUAAUGCUGUAAAAAAAAUAAUACAGAUGACAGCCUCGGAAAAGUAUUAAAAAAAAUUGAAUAUGCGUGUUUGAGUGUUUCAUGAAAAUGGUUUUGGGACAUCUGGAACCAACAAACUUGCAAACGUCUGAGUGUUUG